AUGGAGUUACAAGCGCCACGUUUUUGUGAGGGGAACGUUAUACCUGCGAGCGCUCAGCGCACCACAUCCCCGCAACAUUUCAUUUGCAUGCGUCUGCAGCACGACAACGGAGCCGGAUUCUGUGUUCGCAGCAUACCGUCGGCUCAUUCGCGACCGGGACGGGCAGGCUCGCCCCGAUGCUGCGGGCUGGCUCGUCGGCCGCAAUCACCGCCGGCGGAGGGCGGGCAGUCGGCGGGCACCCCGCGCUUCUCCGCCGCCGGGGCGGGGAGCGGGCGAGGGUUGCCCUCGGGGCAGGCAGGGGCCGCCCCCGCCGGGCACUGGCUCUGCUCCGCUCGUAUCCACCCGAGAGGUGGCCCCAGCACAGCCCUCAGCCGGCGCCGCAGCCCUCUUGCCUUCCCUCCCUCUCCCGCCCCCGUCCCCACCUCUUCUCCAAAACUGCCGGAGCUGCUGCAGAUCUGCUUCACGGGUGCCAGCAGCAGAGAGGGGCUGGCGGCCGUUGACACAGGCACGGCCCAGGGCGGGAGCCACCCCGCCGUCUCCCCGCUGCCCCAUUGCCAUGGCCAGUGUCGCGGCCCAGCUUUGACGAUGUUGCUGAGCACCCCGCGGCCGGGCGGCUGGGAUCGCGGCCGAGUGGGUGAGAGGCUGCAGGCGGCCCUGGCUGGUCUCCAGGAGCUCCAGGUGCUGCGGGAGAAGCAGCGGGAGCUGGUGCGGGCCGCCCUGGCCAUGUCGCAGCGGCCGGCGGCGGGCGGAAGCGACCAGCCCCUGUCUGCCCAGAGCAAAGAACACCGGCUGGAGGCCACCCUCACCGCCCUGAAGGAGCAGCUGUCUCGUUUGAGGAGACAGGAUGUCGGCUUGAAAAGCCACCUGGAUCAGCUAGACCAGCGAAUAAGUGAGCUGAAAUUGGAUGUCAGUAAGACCUCUAGUGAAUACUUGGAUAGUGACAGCCGACCCAGCUCAGGCUUCUAUGACCUGAGUGACGGUGGUUCUUGCUCACUCUCCAAUUCUUGUACCUCUGUGUACAGUGAGUCCAUCUCCUCCUCCCACACCAGUCUCUUGCCCAGCUCUCAACACCCUAAAGCAAGGCUCAGUGUGUUUGAUUAUCGACCCAAGUCUGCAGAUGAAACUACUGUUCACACCACCAGCUUCCAACAGCAGGGAACCUGUGUCAGUGAUGGAUGCCGAAUUCCAGCUAGCACAGACAUUUCUGGGACUCCUGCCAGGUCCCGACCAAGGCCAGUUUCCACAGGUGACUUGGAAAGACUCAUUCCUUCAGACAAAAGAUUUCAGAAAGAGACAGAUCCCAAAUCUGUGUUGCCUCUGUACCAUGAUGGAGACAUGCACUUGCUCAGCAUGGACCCCAAAUUCCAGAAUGACUUAGUCUCCAAGAAUGGUGUUGAUGUAUAUCCUUAUCCAAGCCCCCUCCAUGCGGUGGCUCUACAAAGUCCCCUUUUCUCCCUGGUGGGGACAUCGCCAGAAGCAGACCUCCAAGCUCCUCCGAGCAAACCCAUGCCUAGUGUGACAGGUCCCAGCUUAAUUAGGACUAGGCCAACUACUGAGGCCAAGCCAGGGGGCUACAUCAAUAAAUUGCUGCAGCUGACAAGAUGCAAAGGGAACAAUCGGUCUGAUGCCAAUGAGUGGGUUUCAACAAAGAGCCAGCCAGCCACAAUGCACCAGAGACUCAUUAUAACCCCCAGCACUGGUGGAGUGAAAAUUAACAGCAGCAGUAGCCAGCUGGAAAAACAAGUAAGUUCUCUGGAAAGUAACAAAGCUGAAGGGAAGCUGCAGAGAGAGGUGCUGGAGGGGGAAUGUGCCAAGCAGCAGGACACCAUGCACUGUGUGAAUGAAGAGCAGCCAUCCACUCGGCCUGACACAGAGCCAUCAGCUGUGAAUAGUUGUUAUCCUGCCAAGUCAGCAUCAAGGGGCUCUCCUUUGGCAGAAGCAACAGAGAGCAGCCUGGAGCACAGUUCAUCCAGCUCACAGCUGUGCCAGGAGGACUCCAGCCUGGGCAACUGGAACACUAAAGCCAACCCACCCAGAAAGCAUCCUCUCAAACGGUCUGGCAGUACCAAAUUGGCUAACACUGGGGGUCAUGAGCGAGCGGCACGAAGUGAGUUUGUUCACGCUCAGUUCGUCCCCGCAGAAUCCCACCAAGUCCGGGUCAAGUUUGCCAGCUCCAAAACAAAGGCAGUGAAGAUAAAGAGGCGGAACAGUGAAAAGGUAUUACGGUCUGGGAAGCAAACAUUUUGCAUGGAGAAGGGCAGAGGGUCCCAUGCGGCUGCCAGGCUGCCUGCUGAGUGGAAUCAACCCCAAAGACCACACGGAAUGAAGAGCCUUGUGAGGAGACCUUCGUAUUCUGGUGAUGUGACUGGCAGGUCAUGCUCAGAGUCUAGCCUGUUCCCUGUGCAGGUCAGGCUCCCCACUGUGCCAUCCAGGCCAGAGAUCUGCAGAGCCUCUGCCAGUGCACUGUAUUCCCUCGAAGUAGCUUGUGUAGACUCAGCCAACAAGAAGAAACAGCGCAAGUGGCAGUCCACGGGAGAGAUCUCUGCCAAGGUCCACUUGGCCAGCAUCUCUAGUGGGUUUGGCCUGGGAGCUCCAAGGCAGCCAGCAAGGAGAGCUGGUGUCCUGCGCACUGUCAGUAUGAGGGCUCGCUCCAAGAGUCAGCGCAAUGGAGCUUAUGCCAAAAGCGAAUCAGACCACUCAGAGUACUCUGCAGAGUGUGCUUCCCUCUUUCACUCCACCAUUGCAGAAACCAGCGAAGGGGAGGUCAGUGAUUUCACAACUAACCGUUUCGGGGACAGUGAGUCCAGUGAAAGUGAUUCAGAUGGCAGCAGUAACAGUAGCAGCCUUGCCCUGGACUAUGAUGAAGGGGAUGAAAGUGAGCUGAUUUGGCCUGAAGGUUCUGUCAAACAAUCGGGGACUGUCCAGGCCUCUUCCAAGCCUCUUCCCCCAGUGCCCAAAAUCUGUCGCAUCAAAGCUUCAAAGGCACUAAAGAAGAAGAUCAGGAGAUUCCAACCUGCUUCUCUGAAGGUCAUGACCAUGGUUUAAAGGACAGCAAGCAUCUGUUUCUUAGUGAGCCUUCUGGGUCUCAUUUGCAAAACAAGAAGGAACUGUGAAUAAUCCCUGAAUCAACACAAGGGAUUUUGUUUGUUAAUGCCUGGAUAUAAACGUUGCUGUAUCCAGUUUCCUCUUUUGCCAUUUAUUCUGUAAAUAUGUAUUUGUGUAUAUUAUGUAAUGCCUUUUUUUACUAUGCAGAAGGGUCACCAUGCUGAAAAUGAAAACAAACUGGCAUAAGAUUUUACAGGCGGGUUGUUUACUGUAUGCAUGCACAGAAUCAGUCCCAGACACAAAGGCUUCACAAGAAGAGGGGCCUUUCCCAAGCAGAUAUUUGGUAGCAUCUCUCCCUCUUGUGAGGAGUCUUUUGCAGUCUGAAGUCUGCAUUAACCGUCCAGCUGUCAACUGUGUUAGUAUGGAAAAGCUCUCUGUAUUCUCCAUAGUUUUACUUUACUUCAAAUCAACCAUCCUGUAUCUCUACAAAACAUCAGGAGGACAAGUCUGUUCUUCCAUAAAAACAUACUAUGUUUAAUCAAGAAGGCAAAUUUAUUUGUGAAUGAGAGCAAGGCUUCAGUUUGUUUCCUGUUUUCAAAACUUCGAGUGCAGAGUUUUUAUUCAAGCCCCCUCUUUAUGAUGUUCAUUUGUUGAAUGGGUGAAAGAACAGGAGAGCUCAGUGCCACAGUGUGAAUAGCUGGGACUGAAAUUAUAGCUUUGCCCAUGAGAUUAAAACUCAAUAAAUACUAUUUAAUGUACUUCUGAAAAUUA